AUGCUCUCGUAUAUUUUUCUGCACCAGGUUUUGAGUUCCGGACCCUCGCUCGAGGAGUGUGGCUGCCUGACUCCGCAAGGCGCCGAGGUGCAGGUGGAUUUUCCUGAAGACGCCAGCGGCACGCUCGUUGCUUUGUGUGGGUGGAGACUGCCUCUGAAAACGGCGCACUCCGAAGGGACUAGAGGAAUGAAGGUGCUGGGCAGCGGCUUUGAGUCAUCGUCUCAACCGAAGUCUUGUGAACGAGAAGGUCAUCGUUCAGCUAAGAUGUCAAGACCAGCAUCUGCAGGAGAAACUUCAAAUAGUCAACGAUUCUCUGUAACACAGCUUAGUUAACAAUAGUAAUGAAAUAAAUAAUUAAAAUUGUUUUAACAUGUGGAAGUGUGUUGCAUAAUUUAAGACGCCAAACUAAUUAGGUUAGUCUUGUAAAUAUGAGUCGAUUAACUUAUUCUCGUUUUUACACUUUAGAUGGUAAUAACUGUCUUCAAGUUUGAGACUGAAUUGACUGCUAAUAAAGCGUUAAGAAAUAUGCAACUUCACUAGUAAUUUUGUGUACCUGGUGCACCAGUUACAUAAAAUUAGAUUUUCAUAAAUGUGGUUGAAUAGCUUUAAAUGUAAUAAUAUUUUAGGAAUGAAUUUUGUGAACUUACUGUAAAUUUCACUAAUAUAUUUUGUAUGAUAUUGUUGUAAAGUGACAUAAGGUUAUAAGUUCAUAUUUUUGUGUAAUGAUUUGAUACAACAAUACGUUUUAAG